AUGGGACCUCGCCUCAUUGUCUCCAGCGACGAGCUGGACGAAGACCAGCUUUCCGACGUCGGCUCCUACGUGUCGGAGGAGCUUGAUACUUAUGCACAGGACGGCAACGACUCGUUAAAACCUCUGGAUCUGGCCGAGGACGACGACGACGAUGACGAAGACUACGACGUGAACCCCGUGGCAAAACCGGCUCCCACGACCAAACUGUCAAGAAAACGAGUGAUCAGUGAAGACGACGAUGGUGUUGAUGAAGACGAUGACGACGAAGAAGUGUAUGAGGCCAGUCUGACGCUGAGACGGCGCAAAUUGGACAACGACGCCGUGAUGGAGCUCCCUAACCUGAGACAACGCAGCCGGAACGAGGAGCAAAUUGCUCUUCGUAAAGCGGAGUCGGCUCGUCGUCGGGCUGACUAUAAGAGUAAAGCCGAGGAAGAGGAGAAGCGGGAUACGGUGAACAAAUUGCUUAAACGGCGAGCGGCCAAGGCCAAAGACGGCGACGACGCUGACGACGAGGCCAAACUGGCUGCGUAUAAGCCGAGACGGCCGAUGCGAACCCACCCGGCGUUCUGGUCGUAUGUCUCGACGAAAGAGCGGGAAACCUUGACCGUCCACGGCAUCUUGUAA